AAAACAAAUCCUCUCUAUAGCCGUAACCGCAGACUCCACCACCCCUCAACCCCCCAAACCCUGCCUCCGUCCUCCUCGCGCCUUCCUCUCUCUCUCUCUCUCUAUAGACUUCGAGAUUCACUAGGCUCUUCUUCUUUGUCUUCUUAUCCUCUUUACUCCUUAUUCUUCAAUCCGGUUCUGUAAUUUUAGAGAGAGAAGGAGAGUGAGAGAGGGUUCGGAGAGCGGCGAAGAUGCAAUCCACCAACGGUUCUGAUCCGCAACAGGCGAAUCAGCAGCAGCAACAGCCGCCGCCGCCUCCUCCGCAGCCGCAGCAGCAGCAGUGGAUGGCCAUGCAGUAUCCGGCGGCGGCGAUGGUAAUGCAGCAUCAGAUGAUGCCGCCGCAGCAUUAUCCGCAGCACUUCGUGGCUUAUCACCACCAGCCUCAUCAGUAUCAGCAUCAGCAUCAGCAGCAGCAUCAGCAACAGCAGGGAUCCAACGCCGACAACAGGACGAUCUGGGUCGGCGACCUCCAUAACUGGAUGGACGAGAAUUACCUCCAUAGCUGCUUUGCUGCCACUGGCGAGCUUGCUUCCAUGAAGGUUAUUCGCAAUAAGCAGACUGGUUCAUCAGAGGGUUAUGGAUUUGUGGAAUUUUUUUCACAUGCUGCGGCUGAGAAGGUUCUACAGGGUUAUGCUGGUGUGUUGAUGCCUAAUACAGAUCAGCCCUUUCGGCUGAACUGGGCAACAUUUAGUAUGGGUGAUAAGCGUUCAGAUAAUGGUCCUGAUCUUUCCAUAUUUGUAGGAGAUUUAGCUUCAGAUGUUUCUGAUAGCUUAUUACAUGAAACUUUUGCUGGUAAAUAUCCAUCUGUUAAGGCUGCAAAAGUUGUCUUUGAUGCCAAUACUGGUCGUUCAAAAGGUUAUGGCUUUGUGAGGUUUGGAGAUGAGAAUGAGAGGUCACAGGCCAUGACUGAAAUGAAUGGUGUAUAUUGUUCGAGUAGGCCCAUGCGCAUUGGUGCAGCAACUCCAAGGAAGUCAUCUGGAUAUCAACAACAAUAUUCUUCACAUGGUGGAUAUGCAUCAAAUGGUGCCUCAGUCCAAUCUGAUGGAGACUCUAUGAACACAACAAUAUUUGUCGGAGGGCUUGAUCCUAAUGUCUCUGAUGAAGAUCUCAGGCAGCCUUUCUCCCAAUAUGGUGAGAUUGUCUCUGUAAAAAUACCAGUUGGUAAAGGAUGUGGGUUUGUACAAUUUGCAAACAGAAACAAUGCUGAGGAUGCACUACAGAAAUUGAAUGGAACAGUAAUUGGCAAGCAAACAGUCCGUCUUUCUUGGGGUCGGAAUCCAGCAAAUAAACAGAUGAGAGCAGAUUUUGGCAAUCAGUGGAGUGGGGCGUACUAUGGAGGGCAGGUGUAUGAUGGUUAUGGAUAUGCUCUGCCACCUCAUGACCCAACCAUGUAUGCUGCGGCAUACGGGGCUUACCCCGUGUAUGGCAACCACCAACAGCAAGUUAGCUGAGAUUGAGCUGUGGAAGAGACAUAUUUUGUUCUAGUGAUUAGAUAUUAUCACAUUAGAGUAGCAUAUCAACUUUAUUUCUCUGUAGUUGGCUUGGUUGUGUAGAAUUCUCACGAGCCCCUCCCAAUUGUGGAGUGGAACUGAAUUUUGAUGACAAUGAGGCAGUUCUUUUUAGGGAUUUAUCAAACAUUUGUUUAUUAUUGCGGGAGGUAAAAUGAAACUUAUUCGAAUA